AUGCCCGCGAAACGCGCAGCCAACGGAAACUCCAAGAAGGCUGACGCCAAGUCUCCCCCCUCGAACCGCCAGAUCCUCGUCACUGCCGCGGAAGGCCAGACGGGCAGGCUCAUCCUCGAGUUGUUGUCUACCGAUGCAAACUACUCGGACAAGUACGCUGGCCUCACUGCGCUCGUAUUCAGUGAGGAGGCGAAGGCGUCCGUCGAGGAAGAGGGCUUCAACGCGGUCAAGGUUCUCGUGUACGAUGCCAAGGAUGAAACUGCGCUUGUCGAGGCGAUGGAGGCCGUUGACACUUGUCUCCUGAUCCCGCCUGCCCGCAAGGACAAGGCGCAGAUCACGAAAACGCUGCUGAAGGCCGCGAAGAAGGCCAAGUCGGUCAACAACUUGGUCUUCCUCUCAAGUGCCGGGUGCGACUACGCCGAGCGCGAAAAGCAGCCGAGACUUCGCGAGUUUAUCGACCUCGAAACGCUCGCUAUGGCAGCCAAGUCCGAUCCUAGCAGCGGCGAUACCGGUCACUCGCCCUGUAUCAUCCGCGCUGGCUUCUACGCCGAAAACCUCCUCCUCUACACCAAGCAGGCCCAAGGCGAGGGCAAGCUUCCCAUUCCCAUCGAUGCCGACCACAAGUUCGCGCCCGUCGCGCUCGGCGACGUUGCUCAGCUUGCCGCCCACGUCAUCACGUCCGUCGGGCCACAGGGCCUCGCGGACGAGGUUCGUGGGCAGAUGAUGGUGUUCACGGGCCCGAUGCUCGUCGCAGGCCCGGAGCUGGCGCAGGCGGGGUCGCAGGCACUUGGCGUAAACAUGGAGUUCGAGAGCAUCACGGAGGCUAAGGCGAAGAAGAUCCUGGCGUCGGAGCAGGGCGAGGAGGUGGACGAUGCGGAGAAGGAAUAUCUGCUGGAGUACUACUCGCUCGUGCGGGAGGGGAAGACGGCGUACGUCAGCAAUGCCGCGUUCCAGGCGAUCUUCGGGUCGAGGGGCCAGGAGAUGCCUGACUUCUUCAAGGCGUACUCUGCUGAGUUCAAGCCCAAGAAGCGGAGAGUAGAGCACUGAGGAUGGGACACUGGUAGGGAAAAGGUCGAAGCACGCUCGUGCCGUAGCAUUUAUGGCCCAAGCUUGAAUCUAUUUUAUCGCAUGCUAUAUAUCUUGAGUCAGCC